AUGAGAGUAUGGAUUUCUGAAGCAAAAACGUAAUUUAUUAUAUUCUAAAUUUAUUAGUUAUUUACCUGCAUUAUAAGAAGAUGAAAUAAUACAUGCAUUUACUCUAAGUUCUCCUGUAGAUAAUUCAAAUGAUAUAUAUUUUGGUCCUGCUAGAUUACAAACUCAUUUUUUAUAUGAUAAAUCUAAUAAAUAGAAAUAGUUAAUAAAAGUUCCAAGAUAAAUGUUAUAAAUGAUAUAAAAAUGUGAAUUACAAAACUCAAAUUUACUUACAAUUAUAUUAAAUGGCUAACCAGCAUAUUAUGGAUGAUUGACUUUUGUAAGAUUUAAAAAGGAUAGAGAGUUGUAAUAUCAGCAGCUGCUAGAGCAACAGGAUUAUUUUGUAUUUAACUUGCAUUAA